AUGGGUCUUAUGCUUCCUCUCCGAAUCGUCCAGGGUGUUCUGGCGUUGGUGAUCCUCGGUCUCUCGGCCUUUGUCGCCAACUGGUACAACAUGGAUACCAUGACGUCGUCCCCGUCUCAGAUUAACUUCCUGAUCUUUACCCCCCUCUUUUCUUUCAUCUCCAUCGCCUACCUCGAGGUGGUCCCCAAGUUUGCUCCCAGAGCAUCCCACCCCUGGGCCGCCGUUGGCUUCGAGGCGCUCAACGUACUUUUCUACUUCUCCGGUUUCAUCGCCCUCGCCGUCUUCCUCAGCAAGCUCCUCUUCUGCCGCGGCUCCGUAUGCGGUGCUGCCCGCGCCGACACUGUCUUCGCGGCAUUCCAGUUCGUCCUCUGGUCGGGAACCACCCUGCUCAUGGCCAAGGACGUUUUCAAGACGGGGUUCCGCAAGCCCACCGCCGGUGGCCCCCCUCCUCAGAUGAAAGAGUCCGCGUAA